AUGGUUACUUCAUCUGAGGAGGCCAGCCCUGGGCGUCUCGGUGAGGGUGUGAAGCUCAUCUUUGAUCAGAAGGCUCCACACGGUCGCAGGUCCUCUCGCUCCAGCAGCAGCAGUGACAGCUCGUUCUCCAGCAGCAAGGGGGGCCGCUCCUCCCGCAGGUCACGGAGCUCAUCCUCCGACAGUGGCUCUUCCUCACACUCUCGCUCCCAUCCACGCUGCUCAGGCCGCUCACGCUGCCGUCACAGGCGCCAUUCUCCUCCUCGCCACUACCGGGCUCACUCCCGCUCUUACAGCCCUUCUCCUGAGCGUUCCUCCCACCGCAGGCGCUACCAUCGCCGCAGGCGCUCUCCAUCCCUCUACAGCUACUCCAGACGUUCUCUGUCCCGAUCCCGCUCUCGCAGUCGCUCCCCGGUCUACUGGAGGGGAAGCAGGUUUGUGGGGAGGUACCGGUGCCGUUUCUCCCGCUCACCCAGGAGUUCCAGAGAUUACAGAAGCCGGUCUCGCAGCCAAAAAUGUUAUACAUACAUAAACAAAACCCUGGCCUCUGUUAAGACCUGCUGA